AUGGUAAAAUCGUUUUACUUUACGUUAACUUUAUUAAACCUAUAGUAGCCAAGGAUUCAAGGACGAUUACCAGCGAUACACCUCCGUGUAUCUGCGUACGUAUCUGUAUCGGAUUGUUUUCUCGCACACAAAUCCGUGGCCGAAAUUGUCCUUGACAAUGCGCACGGUUUUGAAAUUACUGCGUUGUAUUAUCGCAUCUCUACAUGUCUCGUCUUUCCCAGCAGCACGGAGAGCGCGUCAGAGGGUCACUUGCGUAAAGCGAACGCACACAUUUUACGUAAGGACCAGUCUUGUACAACCCUGCACGCGUCCAGAGGUCGAGGGACGAUGGAGAACCCAGAGCCCAUCACGCUGUCUCCUGAUGCGGAGGUAGAGGAGGAGCCGUUAAUCACAAACCUGGACAUCUUCCUCUUCUCCCUCAUGGCUGGUCUACUCAUUUACUGGUUCUUCUCUCGGAGGACGCCGCAGGACGUCCCGCAGAUGAAGCCCAUCCCCUCUGUGGUGACACCCAUGAGAGAAACCAGCUUCAUUGAGAAGAUGAAGAAAACUGGCCGGAACAUUGUGGUGUUCUAUGGUUCUCAGACGGGCACUGCUGAGGCCUUCGCCACUCAGCUGGCUAAAGAUGCCCAGCGCUAUGGCAUGAAGGGGAUGCCUGCUGAUCCAGAGGAGUAUGAUAUGUCGGAGCUCCCUCGUCUGACAGAGAUCCCAAACUCCCUUGCGGUGUUCUGCAUGGCCACAUAUGGGGAGGGCGACCCCACGGAUAACGCCCAGGACUUCUACGACUGGAUGCAGGCCGCGUAUGACAGCCUGGAAGGGGUGAACUUUGCCGUGUUUGGCUUAGGGAAUAAGACCUACGAGCACUUCAACGCCAUGGGAAAGCUCGUGGACAAGAGACUUGCUGAGCUUGGAGCCAAAAGAGUUUUUGACCUGGGUCUGGGAGAUGAUGACAGCAAUCUGGAGGAAGACUUUGUGUCGUGGAAGGAGCUCUUCUGGCCCGCUGUGUGUGAGUUCUUCGGGGUGGAGGCGACAGGAGAGGACUGCUGUGUGCGUCAGUUUGAGCUGGUGACGCAAAGCGACAUCAACAUGAACCAGGUGUUCACUGGGGAGAUGUCACGACUCAGGAGCUACCAGACCCAAAGACCGCCGUUUGAUUCCAAGAACCCUUUCCUGGCCACUGUCACUGCCAACCGUAAGCUGAAUAAGGGGGGCGUGCGCCACCUGAUGCACCUGGAACUGGACAUCUCAGCCUCCAAACUCAGGUAUGAUGCUGGAGACCAUGUGGCAGUGUACCCCACCAAUGACGUAGCGCUGGUGAACAGACUGGGAGAGCUGCUUGGGGUGGAUCUCAACACUGUUCUCUCCCUCAACAAUCUGGAUGAGGAGUCCAAUAAGAAGCACCCAUUCCCAUGCCCCUCCUCCUACCGGACCGCCCUGACCCAUUACCUGGACAUCACCAGUCCCCCGCGUACCAACGUGCUAUACGAGCUCGCCCAGUACGCCUCCGACCCCAAGGACCAGGACAUGAUGCGCAAGAUGGCGUCCUCCUCUGCCGAGGGCAAGGCACUGUACCAGAGUUGGGUGCUGGCCCCACAGAGACACAUCCUGGCUGUUCUCGAGGACAUCCGCUCGCUGAGACCUGCGCCAGACCACCUGUGUGAGCUGCUGCCCAGACUGCAGGCCCGGUACUACUCCAUAGCCUCCUCUGCCAAGGUCCACCCGACCUCGGUGCACAUCUGUGCCGUGGUGGUGGAGUAUGCGACGUCCACCGGCCGCACCAACAUGGGCGUGGCCACCACCUGGCUCAAGAACAUGGCGCCCACCGACAAUGGUCACCCGGCCUCCGUGCCCCUGUAUGUCAGGAAGUCCCAGUUCCGCCUGCCCUUCAAGGCCAGCACGCCCGUCGUCAUGAUCGGACCGGGCACGGGCAUCGCUCCCUUCAUGGGCUUCCUGCAGGAGCGCGCCUGGCAGAAGGAACAAGGUAAAGACGUGGGUGAGACAGUGCUGUAUUAUGGUUGUCGCUAUAGAAACGAGGACUUCCUGUAUCAGGAGGAACUGGAGGAGUUUGAGAGGAUGGGGGUUCUGACUCAGCUGAACGUGGCCUUUUCUAGAGAUCAGGAGCACAAGAUUUAUGUCCAGGAUCUCAUGAAGGAGAACAAGGAGCAUCUUUGGAAGCUGAUUCACUCCCAGAAUGCACACCUCUAUGUGUGUGGGGAUGCCCGUAACAUGGCGCGUGACGUCCAGAGUGCCUUCCACCAGGCUGCGGAGGAGGUGGGCGCUCUGAGCCACACCCAGGCCGUGGACUACUUCAAGCGCCUGAUGACCAAAGGACGCUACUCCCAAGACGUGUGGAGCUGAGGUGGCGUCGCCAUCACCACCCACCCGCCUCCGCCCGGGCAGCAGAGGAGUCUGGGAUGGAUCAGCUGCUACGUGGGUUCUCAUUGAUGGUUUUAGUAGACGUCCACAGACACACAAACAGCCGCUGUUUCCUCCGUAGUUCACCAUACCAUACUGUUCAUGGCCAUCGGACCCACAUUUAGACAGCUGCUCGCAGCUACUAUGUUUGAUGCCAUUAUUAGUCAUCUACUUAUGUUGAGAGGUGGUUUUGUUUUUCUCCAUGAUAGCCCAAAUUGUCCAUGGGAUCUGGCCCACAGUCACCUGCUCUCUUGACUCUCUAAGGUGCUAUCAUUAGCCAUCUGGUAACACAGAGGUGCUAGUCAGUAAACAGUUGUCAGCUGUUUUCCUCAGACUUGAACUGGAUCUUGUUCUCCUGAAAACUCACUUUCACUUUCACUUGUGGUCGGUCACAGGAACAAGAGGAGCCCAUCAGGCUCCAAGUCUUUCUCUCAAACAGUUCUGCAACAAACCUGCUGUGGCUGCAUUAAACCCAGGGCUUAUUCCUGGUGUCCAAAUAAGACAAACCUCUUGCGCAGCAGCACUUCCAUCCAGCAUGGCUUCUCCACUAUAGCACGACUUCCGUGUCAUUUUGUUAAAUUAAUUCAGAUUAAUUGCAGGUGAGUUGCAUCAGUUCAUUACUAUACAGUGAACUGAAGUGAUAGAUGUAGCGAAAAACAGGCUUUGGCCACCAACAUUGCCCUUGCCACACCUCACAAUGUUUGAUAUUUUAAAUAGGUGUGUGUGAUGUACUAAGAUUAUUGUAGCAGGUGACAAGCACUGGUGUUUUGUUGUGAGAAAACUAGCGCCUGUUGUUUUGGAGACUAUUGAAACGCAUGUCUAUUUUUCUGUGUGGGUGCUCAAAAUGCAAGUUUGUUCUCCACGUGUGACUGCCAUAAACAUACGUGGUGGUGUCAUGAAGACGGGAAGAGAGCAGAGAGAUGUGUGCCUUUAAAGCAUUAUUUGAACCAUUUGAAUCUUUCUUUCUUCUUUCUCUUUAUCCUUGCUUGUCAUUAGCAGUGCAGUUAUAUACUGUAAAUAUAAGGAGACUGAAACAUAAAUUUGGUAUAUAAUAUAUAUAAUAAUGAUAUAUUAUUAUAUAAUAAUAAUAUAAUGUAAACAUAAAUUAUGCAAGCAGCUGUUAUGACUUUUUUUUCCUUGUGUAUGUUGGCUAAUUCUGUCCGGUCCCUUGCACGUGAGAGGUUGAGAGGGGAAGUCCAAGUGUUUUGUUUCUGCUUCCCUCUAAUGUUCUAUUUAAAUGACUUCUUUAUGCAUUAAAAGGGAAACACAUUUGCCA